UUUGGGAAAGAGAGAGAGAGAGAGGGAAGACCUUUACCUACCUCUACUUCUGAAGAGAAAGUCUGAAACUGACUCUCUCUAAUCGCUCACAGAAACUGAUUGAAGCCACCAAAAACUGUCUUUCUCUUUCUCUCUCUCUCUCCUCCUCUUACCUCUUAUCUCUCUCUCUCUCUCUAUCUGGGUUUUUCAUUUCCACUCCUAAAUUCGCCUAUACGAGCUCUAUAUGAUGGCAUGAUGUACUACAUCGAAGGGCUUGUUCUAUUUGGUUUAACCUAAAAACUUGGCUAGGUUUUCCUUUGUACUUCCAUCAAGCUUUUGUUCAAUUGACAACAGCUAUCUAAGGAGAGUGAGCUGCAUGCUAUCUGCGUGUGCAUUUUCAAGUGAAUAAACUCUUCAUGGCCUUUAGACCUUUUUAUGAAAGAGGGUUCCAAUCCAGUGUAUCCAGUAUGGAGGAUAUUCGUUUAAAUACCAAUUGGGAAGAUGUGAUUUGCCCUAUAUGCUUGGAUUUCCCUCACAAUGGUGUACUUCUCCAAUGCUCAUCUUAUGAGAAAGGAUGUCGUCCUUUUGUGUGUGACACAGAUCACUUGCACUCAAAUUGCUUGGACCGUUUCAAAAGUGCUUAUGGUAUGUCGUCACCUUCAACAUCUGAUGUAACUCCCACAGAAAGCACUGAACCAGUGGUAUCUGAAGUCUGUAAACCAAGUUGUCCCUUGUGUAGAGGAGAGGUUACUGGGUGGGUUGUUGUCGACAAGGCCCGUCUGUAUCUGGAUGAGAAGAAGCGUUGUUGUGAGGAGCAUCAAUGUAAAUUUAUGGGAACUUACACAGAGCUACAAAAACAUGCUCAACUAGAGCAUCCUCAUGCUCGUCCAUCAAAGAUUGAUCCCGCUCGGCAGCUUGAUUGGGAGAAUUUCCAGCAGUCCUCAGAGAUCAUAGAUGUUUUGAGCACUAUUCAUUCAGAAGUCCCACGCGGGGUGGUUUUAGGAGACUAUGUAAUUGAAUAUGGGGAUGAUGAAACUGGAGAUGAGUUUGAGGACUUUCCUGGGGAUGAGGGGAACUGGUGGACCUCUUGUAUCUUGUAUCAGGUGUUUGAUAACAUUAGGAAUUCUAGAAACAGAAGAAGGUCAAGAGUUAGUGAUACAAGAAGGGGGAAUCGACGUAUAAGUUACGAUACUUCCAAUUCUGAUGAAGGUUCUGUAACAUCUGUAGAUUAUUCUGAGUAUAGGGUAGAUGAGACUGAUGAUGAAUUUGUGAGUACAAAUGUCCCCUCAAGGGGUAGCUCCAAUCAUCGCAGUUCUCGAAGACGCCGUUCCCGCUUCUAUGACAAUUAGCUUAGCAGUUAGCAGUGAAGUUAAAAAAUGGAGAGAUCCACUGGAAGUGGAAAGCAUUGUAUGCUUGCUGCAGAUCAUGUGAAGGUUAAAAACAUGCAAAAUCUGCAUCUGGAUCUUAUCUUGUUAACAGUUGUAAUGAGAUGUGCUGAUUAGACUUGGAUGCACUUGAAAAUUCUCGUGUGGUCAUGUUAUGACCACUUUUGUAACCUAAUCAUUUCUCUUUUGCUAUAAAAACAUUUGUUUGUACUCAUAUAGAAGUGGGAGGAUGAGUAGAAGUACUAUAACUUUGUGAAGGUUUGCUGAUGACCUACCAUUUUGUCUUACUUCUGUUCUGCUUACCAACUUGUGGCAUUGCUACUAUUCUUUACUACUGCUGGCUAAUAAAUAUAUAAAGUACCAACGCAUCGUGUUAGGAUGGUUCUUUUA